CAGCGCGAUUUACAAACGUCCUAACGUCGUAGGCCGUGUAUUGUAUGACUAAAUAUCUUCUGUAAACUUUUCACAUCUAGAGCUGUUUCUUUUAAAGAUCGUCGCUUAUUCCUUACUAUACCAUAAGUUUUUGAAUGGAAACUUCAGAAAACACUACUACAACACCGUCAAGUAUACCCGUGCUAUCACUUGUUAAGUCAGCUCAACAACAACAUGGUUUACGUCAUGGUGAUUAUCAACGCUAUCAUCAGUAUAUUUCUCGAAAACUCAGGAGAAUGAGGAAAUCACUACAUUUUCAGCAAGGGAAUCGAUCAAAGGUUGUCCCUAAAAAGUUAACUCCAGACAUUGUGACAGAUCCACGUUUCAUUAUUUUAGCAAUCUUUGAAAUUGAACGAUCAUGGGCAUAUGCUAUGCAAUUGAAAGCUGAAUCAAGUACUGAAGUUCGCAAGCGUUUCCAGAUGUGUUCUCGACUUCGUAAAGCUGUUGCACGUGCCGAACUUUUAUGUAGUAUGGAGGAUGAUUUGUCCUUAUUAGAUGCACAAACUAAACUGGAAUUGCGAGCAUACAAACAGUGGAUUCGUGGGAUUCUAUUCUUCGAACUACAGGUAGUUAUCACCCAACUUUACUUUUGUUUUAUUGCUUGCUUAUAUUUUGGUUAAGGAGGAUUCUUUAAAAUAAUUCGAUUUAGUUUAUCAAAACAAUGUGAUAUAUAUUGGUGGAAUAUAUUUCCAACAUUUUAAUAACAUAUUAACUUGUUGUGAUAUUCGUGAGGAAUAAAAGUUCAGUUUAAGGGAAUGAGAAUAUGAAACAAGGUUAAUAAAGACAGAACAUUAGCUUAACCACUGUAGAUGUUACAUUAAAGCCAAUAUCCCUAGGACUUCGUCUUUUCGUUUAAUUAUCUAAACUUGUCAUUUUUUCACACCGAUGACCUCUUUUCUUAACAUAGAACUUCGUGAAUAUUUUGUGUCCGUGAUGAUUUUUAACGGGUUUUAGUCUGUAUUAUUCAGUCUACAUCUACUACUAUGGUUAGUGAAUUAAUUUGGUUUAUUUAAAGUACGAAUUUUCCCACUGUCAAAUUCGAAUCUGUUACUCAGUUAUGGGAAAAUCACUUUCAUUAACAACAAAGUCACCCCUAUUAAAUCUUAAAAUAGGUUUGUUCAGUGAUGUUUAUGAAGCUUAUCUUCUAGUUAUUUUAUUUUCUUUAGUGUAAGAUUUUGUGGUGAUUGUUGAGUGUUAUAAAUAUCACAAAUCAACCUAAGUUGGACAGCUGUUGAAAACCAGGAAGCAUUGAACCGUCGUUUCGUUCUGGUAUGGGACUUUUCAGCAGUGCGCAUCCUUAACUCUACCAGAGACUGUACUCAGGACUUUGAGAUCUUGGGGUGAAAUUCUGAAUAUUACUGCUAAGGAGCCCUUUACUGGCUCGGUAUCUAACUCCAAUUAGAUCGUAUGAAUGAUUGCUGUCGAAAUAUAUAUGUCGCCAAUCCUCGUAUAUAAUCGACUUGAAUCGCGUUAGUAAAUGACGGAAUUAAAUAAUUCAAAUACGAGAAUGGAUUUUCGAAUAAAUAUAUCUUGUGCACUCAGUGAUCUGGACAGACAAUCAGAGGGACGAAGCGAAAGGAUCGAAGAGAAGAGAGCAAAGCGAAAUGACACGCAAUGGAGAAGGCAUAUGAGCCAACUCGGUUUAAUCAAGCGUUAAUCGAUAGUUAAAGUCACACACAAAUAAGUUACUGACAUAUGAUGAAUAGGAUAUAAAGUGCACAAGGUCAAAAAUAUGACUCAAGAAGAAUGAAUAAAUCGGCUUGUCCGGAAGCUAGAAUAAGCUAUAUGGGCUUAACACAGCAACUGAUACUACAUCCCCAUACUAGGACGAAAUAGCUGUCCAACGCAUCUUGACUUUCAAGAGUUGUCUGAUUCAUAUUGGUUCGGGAUUUCAAUAUUUGAUUUUAAUUUAACGAUAGCUUACUAUUCCAUAAUUAUCUAGAAUUGGGCCGUGGCCAAGGAACAUUUAGAAUCAGCUCAAGCUAUCUAUGAUGUUUUACUUCAAAUGGUAGAUGAAGAUAGCCAAGCUGUUUAUAAGUCCCGGAUUGAUGAUCUUUUACCUCAAAUUCGAUACUGUGCACAUUCGAUUGGGGAUGAAACAGCAGCUACAGAUUUACAACGCAUGCGCAAUCAAGCAUCUGAUGGUUUAACUCUUUUAUCGGAACUUCAGUUAGAUCAACUUCUUGGUCAAGCUCGAUCCAGGCAAGCUAGUCAAGUUAGUGAAGUUGAUUGGUUGGGGACUUCGAUUCCAGUAAAGUCAGAAAAGGCGAAAAUUGCUAUUUUAACAGUGGAGGUAGGUUAAACAGAUGCAUUUAGAUAAAGAAAACGCAAGUCAUUUUUGUAUACCUGUAAAGCUGUUUGGUAUUUUUCUUUCUAGGAAUCUAAGUCAGAAUUGGAAAAAGAAGAAACUCUUCAGGCUAGAUUGUCUAUCUAUGAAUCUAUAUUGAAAUUGUGUGUUGAAGCAAUAACAUCUGUUAGAGAUGAGCUACGUACUGCAAUAGCGUCUGAGCCAUCUGUUACUGGAGAUAAAAAUACAGCUUCUGUAGUGGCUUCUUCCAAAUAUGGUCAAACCUUAGGUUCUGAAAAGGUAUGUUGUAUUAUAAUUCUUCAAACGGUUUUUCAUUACUAACUUCAUAAUGUUAUUUUGUUUAACUGAUACUGUGAUUGUAGUCGAUUUUCUGUACGAAUGUUUAGUGACAUCUUAAUAACUUUUAUUGAGGUAUUUUAAGAAUGAACUUUUUAAAGGUUUACUUUCUUCUUAAAAGUCAUAUGGGUUUUUGAAUUUCAGGUUUCACGACUCCAGCUUUUGUAUACUUAUUUACAAUACUUGAAAUUAUCUAAGACGAUUGAUCGAACACUUCUACAUAUUGAAACUACUAUUUCUAGCCUAGCACAAGGAAGUCACAAACGAAACCAACUUGCUACUAGUGCUUAUCCUAAACCACAAGAACUAUCUCGUCUGUAUGAUACGUUAGUACAAAAUUUUCAAGAGAUUAUCUCUCUACCAUGUCUGGUGCAAGAUCAUGUUGGUUUAAAGGAUCUAUUGUAUGCAAAAAUGCUGUCUUAUCGUAGUUAUCGGUGAGUUGGUUUUUAGUUUUUUGGCCACUGAUGUGAUAUCUAAAUAUUUUUCUCGUUGGAUUGCUCUUCAGGUUCCACAAAAAAUAUGGAGCUUUGUAGCUAGCACAGUAGUCCGGGCUGUUACAAUGUACAGAUAACAUUUUGAAGAUGAUUGUCAAGAAAAAGCGAAGAUUCUAGGAAAAAGUAUCGGUAGCUGGACAAGCGAAAAAUAUCCAUAUUAUUAAUGGAACAAAAAAAUACAUAAUCUUGCUUAGAGCUGUAGUAGUUUGGUCAAAAACUAGAAAUGUCCAGAUCAAGACACAUUAGAAAUAAACUUAUUGACUUUUGAACCCUUGAGGAUUUAAAGGCACUGAAUAAAAUGCCUCAAUAUCGAUUACAAUUGUCCAUGCAACUACUCUGUAUUUGGUUUAUUUUGUCAUUGUCGAUAUCUAUAUAAUGUUAUUCACUUUAGUAUCAUUCACCUUUCAUUUGUUCCGUUUUUCAGUAAUUUUGAACUGUUUUUAAUUCAGUUUGAAGUUUUUAUUAUUCAUCACUGUGAAAUCCACACUCGGCAGUGUUUAGAUUUCCAUUAUUCAACGUAGUGUGUAACCAUCCACUGGGUUGUUUUAUGAAACCUUCCUUGUGUUGUGGUUAUCUGCAAGUGUUUUUUACUUCCUUCUCAUAGUUUGUCUGGGAUUGCUUACUAUGAUAGCUGUUGUCCAUUCAUAUGUAGUGUAUUUCCUACCCGUACCGAGUAAUAUAGUUUCACACACCAUAUUUACUAUUUCUUCGUGUUCAGUCGAUAUUGACGAAUGUGUAUGUUUUUUCCAUUUGGUAUUUCAGCUGCCUUGAUAGCUUAAGGUUGAUGAAAAUUGAUAGUUUUUAUGUUAUCCAUUUCUACCAAUUCUCAUCUCUUUUUUUACAGAGCGUUUCGUGUGGGAUUUGUCUAAGAACCUGACAAAAACUGUGUAGUUGUUGACUUAAAAAUGAGGUUACAUUUAGGAUUUAAUUUGUCCAUUAUAAUCCCACACUAAAUUUCACCAACAGUAGAAAGUAUCGUAUGCAGUGUAUGCAGUACCAAUAACAAAUUUUUUCAAAUUGCUUGAUUUCUAGUGCUUGGUGUAUUUAUAAUCACUGACCACUAACAGUUUUGAUUAUAAUGCAUUUUUCGAACAAGUUUGUUAUUCAUAUUUCCAGUGAUUUUGAUGCAACUAUAUUUGUAUAAAUGUGUAUGUAUGUGAAGGUUAAUAUUUUAUUCCUACUUUUUAUCAUAGGUGCUAUUAUUUGGCCCUUGCCUACAACUGUAGUAAAAAAUACGUUGAAUGCUCUGCCCUUCUUACGAGGGCUAUUCAACAUGCCGAAAAAGCAAUCACUUCUCUUAAACAUCCCACUUCAACCUGGACUAAAGCUGAGGAAUGUAUCGCACCUGGUCCGGGUCCUGAUGCCUUAUCGAAAUCUCUUCAGUCGCUUAUAUUACAAGCUGAGUCAGAGGAUUUCACUUGCAAAGCAGCCUCAAUGCUUGACAAAGUAGAAGAAAACGGACCAGUAUCCAUCACUCCCCUUGCUGGUACUACAGAAGUGGAUCCCUCACGAAAAGUGGGUAUUUUGCUAUUUAGCCUCAUUUAAUUUAAAAAUUCGACUCACAGCAUGCAUCGAUGUUGUAUUGUGUUACACUAAAAAUCCUGCCAUCCCACAAGUUUCUUGUAAUCCGUUAAGUUUAUUAUGUUUCUAUUUGCAUAAUGAGAGUGUUCAUAACCAAAUCCUUGUCUCGUAACUAGUUUAUUUAAAAACUGUCUAAAUAUUAACCAAAUUCCCUCUGUAUUAUUCCUGUUUGUUUACGUAUCUGCAACAUUUAUUGUGACGUUGCCUGUUACGACAAAAUCCAUUACGUUUUCAACCAUUUCAUACGUUAAUCAGUUCUUGAAAAACGUGUUAAGAAGACCUUUUUUAUACUUUGGUUUUCACUUGGUUAUAGGAUAAGAAAUAGGUAGAAUUUGUAUCGUUGUUUUAUGGAUUCUUGAUAAUCGAUGUUAUAAUUUCACUUUCUCCUUUUAUGUUUUUCUUUAGGUUCUGACUGACCGCCUGGAUAUCUACGUUGACGAAAAAUCUGUCGAGAAAUCAUUCAAUAACUUUAUUUAUCCCUUUGUUCAUCUACCUCCCAAGUUUCGUCCUGUCCCUGUGAAACCAAUUUUCUUUGACCUUGCCUUAAAUCAUAUUAAUUUCCCAUCUUUGGACGACAAAAUAAGUCUGAAGGCUACUACAUCUUCCAAGUCUUCUGGUCUUACAGGCCUUAUGCGUGGAUGGCUAUGGCGAGGUUCAGAGCCAACAGAAUCCUAAAUCUGAUGUUGCGAUACUACUUUGUCUAUAUGUUUGAUCGUUCUUUCGGUUUUCAUACAGAUAUUGGUAUUGUAUUUUAAUUCCUGUGUACCGCAGGCUGAGUCGUAUUUCUCUGGUAUAUUCUUCUCUUAUACUAUAAAGUGGAUUAGUGCUCAAAUAUAAUAUUACUUUGAUUAUAAUGUCCUCCAUCUUUUACAAGACUUGUGUCUUUAGGUGGCCACUCAUUUCUCUUCAAUAUAUGACUUUCGGUGUGGUUUUGUGACUUUUGUGUGCGGAAAUAAAUACUCAACAGCUAUUUAUACAUGAAGAUAUUGCCUAUUUGAAGACUUAUUGACAGCAAACAGAUAAAAGUGAUGCUAUCAACUUGUUACUUGCUAUAAAAUGAUGACUAGUCUUGCUUUCGUCAGCCGUCAAUUGUGGCGUUCAGUGUGGUGGGACUGCCUUAGUGUUAUCAGUGGUAGGUCUUCUGAGCUAGUUUUUCGGCGGACUAUUCAGAAAAGAUCGGUCGUCUUGUUUUCAGCUUUCAAAUGUCAGUUGUAAGUUUGACUCGGAUUCAACUUGUUUAACGCUGUUAUUGUUAAAUUGGUGUAGUAGCGAUUAUAGGUUACUGUGUUAGUGAGGUGAAAGUAGGUUGUGAGGAUAAAAACAAAAUGGUGUUAUUAUCAUAAGUAACUUCUUUACUACCCAUUGAUACUGAGGUUAACAUGAAAUUUUUCUAACACAAACAAGUAGAUUUUGUCGAUAUAGUCUUGUCAGUCGACGAGGCAUUUCAACUUGAAAAGAUGAUACAACUAGCUUCUUAUAACUGAAUACUAUGGGAAAGAGUUUGGCCUCAAAGGAUUACGAUUCUCUAAGAGAAAAUGCAUUGUACACCCUUAAUUUUGAGCUUUAUGAGUCUGUUGUCGUCUUUGAGGCCUAGGUAUUGUACAUGAACUUCCCAUGUCGUCUUCGGAUCUUUGAUUUCUCAUCAAUGAAAGCUUCAUCACAAAUGCUGAUGAACAAACACUUCCAUAGCACCAAAGAUCUCUGGACAAACAUUUUUGGUAGCAAAGAGUACUGUAUAGUAUUCGAUUUAUUUGACCUUCAUGGGAAGCGUUUGAUCUAAGCUGGGUAGUAGUUGCAAGUGAUUGGUAGGGAGUUGUGCUCAUUCAUGGUCUGGUGCGGAUACAUGACUGAGCGCCUUCAUUUAGGUUGUGUCCAGGAAAACUAGUAGGGUUAGCAUUUGUAUUGAAGACUUACAGGACUGUUUGUUCUGGAAUUUAUUUACCACUAGUGGGGUAGUGAUGACAUUAAGACGGGGCCAGUCAGAAGAACUUGUCGUUGGUAGACACUAAUGGCUUGUGUUCAGCAGCAUCUGGCCAUCUUUCCGUAAUG